AUGCCACACUUAAUUGUUAAAUGGGGACGUGAAAAGUUGGAAGUGAACGCUGAUUUAAACGAAGCCCCACUUCUUUUGAAGUCGCAGUUAUAUGCUAUUACUGGUGUUUUACCUGAACGACAAAAAGUUCUAAUUAAAGUAAAUCUUUUUGCAUUUUUUUAUUGUUUCAUUGGGAAAACUCUUGGCGACGAUGAUUGGAAUGGUAUCACUUUAAAUGAUGGUGCUGUCAUAAUGAUGAUGGGUAGUGCCGGUGAUCUUCCUCAAGUUCCUGAACAUCGUCAACAGUUUAUUGAGGAUAUGACAGAAAGCGAGAUUGCUGCAGCUGCAGAUUUGCCCAUUGGUAUAAAGAAUCUCGGGAAUACUUGUUAUCUGAAUGCUACUAUUCAGUACCUUAGAGUGAUUCCGGAAAUCAGAGAAGCUUUAAAUGCGUAUUCCGGGACAAGAAAUACGAUUUUCCCAGAUUUAGCUGCUAAUUUGCGCGCGAGAAGUUUAACAACGGCAAUUAAAGAUAUAUUUAUGUUAAUGGAAACUCCGAUUUGCAAGAAGCAAGGAUUUAUAGUGCCUAUUAUAGUUCUUCAAGUACUUCGUCGAGUUUUUCCUAAAUUCGCAACUCGCGACCAAUAUCAGUUUAUGCAACAGGAUGCAAAUGAAUGUUGGACAGAUUUGGUUCGAACUAUAAAAGCAGCUUUGCAGUCAGAAGAUUCUAAUUCACACAUUAUUGAGCAGUUCAUGGAGGGAUCCUUCGAUGGCACGUUGAAGAACCUAGAAACUGAAGACGAACCACUUUUUAAAUAUUCUGAAAAAUUCUUACAGUUGAGCUGUUUUCUCAAUCAAGAAGUGAGAUAUUUACAAUCUGGCAUAAAAAAUAAGUUCAAAGAGGUGUUCGAGAAGCAUUCAGAAGUUUUGGGAAGAAAUGCGCACUACGAAAGAAACGAAAGAUUGGGUCGUUUACCUGCUUAUCUUUCAAUUCAAAUGGUCCGUUUCUUCUACAAAGAGAAAGAUAACGUUAGCGCGAAAAUCCUCAAAGAUGUAAAAUUUCCGUUAGAUUUGGAUGUAUUCGAUAUGUGCACUCCGGAGCUACAGGCAAAAUUAUUACCAAUGCGAGAAGUUUUUAAGGUCUUUAAAUUUUCAGAAAUCUUUAAGCAAGAAAAUCCAUUGAUUUUGGAAGUGGCACAAGAGGACGGAAAAGCUGAAGAAAUGAUGAGAGAUCCUGAUGCAAAAAAACUAUCAGAGAAAAAAAAUGAAGCUAGCGAAGCAAUGCCUUUCAGUUUCGAAGACGACCCUGGUUCAAACAAUAGUGGAUUUUAUGAGCUUAUAGCCGUAAUAACUCAUAAAGGUAGAUCAUCUUCCAGUGGUCAUUAUGUGGCUUGGAUUAAAAUUGGAGCAGAUCGAUGGGCUAUGUGUGAUGACGAUCAAGUGCAUGCAGUGACACCAGAGGAAAUACUAAAGUUAUCUGGUGGCGGAGAUUGGCACUGUGCAUAUCUUUUAUUAUAUGGGCCAAGAAUACUGAAAAAAUGA